AUGACAACAAAUGUGGCAUCAGUACAUAACAUGGAUGAUGUAUCGUUGAAUGCAUUGACGAAUACAAUUGCAACAAUAAAAGACUCCAAGCUGAACGAUAAAAAGUCAACAUCAGGAUAUAUACCAGCCACUUCUCGAAUCCUUUCAGAUGAAACACUUACAUUGGUCAAAGAGGUAAGGCAGGACUUACCACCUGUUGAAUUCGAAUUCAAUAAGAUAAUCAGUGUCAUGUUGGAAGAUAAAGAAUUGUCUUCAUCAAAAGAAUUUAUCGAUCAAGUUACAGAAUUAGCUAUAGCUUACUUUCAUAAUUUAUUAACAUCAUUGUUAGAAGUUACUCAAUCCCAACGACGUCGAUCUCCAUCUUUAGAAGAUUUAAAAGUAAUAUUCAGAUUGAAAAACAUUCAUCCUUCAGAAUUGUACAAAGAAUUACAUAUUUCCAAUAAGAACAUUUCUACAGAAACUCAAACAAAAUUAAAACAUAUAGAACAAGAAACAACACAAAUCCUUCAACAAAUACUAUCAGAUAAUUCUAAAAUAGAUAAGGAAGAUCCGUCGUUUCCAUUUUUCACUAAUGAACGUUAUGAAAUUGCAGAAUUUCUUCCCAAAAGUAAUCAAAAACCGCAAUAUAUUCCAUCUUAUUUACCUGAUUUCCCUCCCGAAUAUACUUAUCAAAAUACAUAUGAUUAUACUAAUAGAUUGACAGAUUUGAAGGAAUUAAGGUUGAAAUUAGUGGAAGAAUCUCGAAUGACGCAAAAUUCGUUAUAUGGACUAGUUGAUGAUGAAAAUGAAUGGAAAAAAUUGAUUGAGGAGAAACCUGAAGAAGAACAAGUGGCGGUGAACGCAGAAGAAGAAAUUGAAGAAAAGGAAGAACCCAAAGAAGAAGAAGUAACCAAGACUGACAUAAAGGAAGUGGAAAUAGCUGAAAAAGAGGAUAAGGAGGGUGAAAUCAUACCAAUAAAAGAAAGUGGUGAUCAUUCUGAAGCACAAAGAACAGAGAAUAUAACAGAACAAAAACCAGAAAAAGAACCACCAUUUAUAUUUGAUUUUGAAGCUUAUGCAAAGAAGAGAUCUCUUAUCUUUAAGAAAAGAGCAGAAGAGAUUGAAAAGAAGCGUAAACUAAGAGAGAAUAAUAUAUUUAUAAAAGCAGAGAAAUACUAUUCUCCAUAUGCUACACUUAAACCUACGGCAGAAAUCAAUAGCUUUUUCUCUUCCGCAUUACAAGAAUCGUUUAAUAAAGUCAUUAAAGAUGUCAGAUUGGCUGAAUCAUUCAAAAAAGUCAGAUUGGAACAAAUGGUAAAGGAGAGAGCUAAUAGAGAAAAUGAUAUACAAAAGGAAAAAGCUAAUCACCUUUUGCCUUUUGAGUUCAAUACAAUUGAUAAUUCGCUGGAUGACGAGGAUUCUUACGACGGAUUUGGUAUAGACUUACUGGAUAAUAAUAAUAAUAAAGAUGACAAUGAAAAAACCAUUCAAGAUGAUACUGCACCAAAUGAUGCGGAUGAUAUUGUAAUAGACAAACAAAUUGAGUCAGGGAUAGAAGUGGUCGACUUUAGUAAAGAGGACGAUAGUGACGUCAGUGACGAUUUUCUUGAAGGAGAGUUAGAAGAUGCGAUGAAAGAAGGAGAAGAAGAAGAACAAGAAGUGGUAGUACAGGAACCAGAAAAUAAUAUUGGUAAUAGUGCAGAUAACAACGAUUCCGAAAUCGAAUCAGAUAUAGAAUUUGAUGACAUCUGA